AUGUGGUUCAUCGUACUUGUUAUUGGUUGUACCCAUGGAUAUAUAAACAUAGCUUUAAAACAACCAACAAAUCAAUCGCAUGUAUAUGCUAGUAACAGAUAUCGCACAUCUACAUUCCAUUCAAACAAUGCUGUUGAUGGUCGGAAGACUGACCUCUCGGCCUUUGGAGGACAGUGUGCUGUAUCAGCUGAUGGACACCGAAACGCCACCUGGUGGGUUGACUUGACAUCUAUCCACAGCAUUCAUGAUAUAAGGAUUUAUUACAGGACGGACAAAGUCAAAUGGAAUGCUAAGAAUAAUUUUACAGGAAGAUUUCUAGGAUUUUAUGUGUAUAUAUCAAACACAACAAGCAUUGAAGAUGGUCACUUAUGUUUUCACGACACAAACUACACCAGAUCCACAAUACCAGCUGUCGUUAACUUAACCUGUCCUGUACAUGGGCAAUACGUCAUUUAUUUCAACAAAAGACCCCAGGAAUCAACAAAUGCACGUUACUUUUCUAGAGAUGCACACACUGAUUUGUGUGAAGUGGAAGUAUACGGUUGCAAUAGCGGUUUCUAUGGAUAUAAUUGUUCCUUAUCUUGUCCCAAUCCAACCUGCCGAUAUUGUGAUAUAAAAGAUGGUGUUUGUCAAGGAUGUAAGCCUGGGUACCAAGGUCAUCAAUGUGAACUACCCUGUAAUCGUUAUUACUAUGGUGAUGCUUGCAAGAAACGCUGUGCCUGUCCGGAGGGAACUUUUGGAAAUUACUGUAAACAGAAUUGUAGCGUCAACUGCGGCGUACCAAAAACUUGUAAUCGGACAACUGGAGAAUGUCAAGGAGGAUGUCAGCCGGGCUGGGAGGGACUUCAAUGCGAUCAGAGUUGUAGCUCGGACACAUACGGGUUUGACUGCUUAAACAACUGUAGCACAAGCUGUAUUAAUAAUACCUGUGACUCUGUCACUGGAUAUUGUCCAAAGGAGAAGUUCCCUAAUAUUCUGAAGCUGCGGUCUGAUAUCGGGUUAUUAAAACUGUCUGUGUCAGAGCUGUGUUUACAGAGAAGACGUCUUCUGUCAUAA